GGUGCAGACGACUGUGGAAAUGGCUACCACUGUGAUAAGGGGGACAAAUGUACUUCGGGUGGUGGUUGUAUACCUUUGGAUGCGGAAAAAUGUCCAAAUGGCGGCUACUGUGAUAAGGGUUCAGUCGAUUGUGGUCAUG